CUACACUAUCUACAAAAAUCAUUGUGUGUCAAUUCCUAUUGUAGAUAACUAUAAAAUUACAAAAUAUCUAACAUUUUAUAAUUCCAAUUUAAUUUAUGUGACAUACUCAAAUCCUGUCCCGACUACAGAAAAAUAAAUUAAAUUCAACACAAAAUUGCGGCUAUAUAAAAUUUAAAAGAGUAAGAAAAAUUACAAGAAAACAGAUCAUUUAAAAAAAUUGAUGAUGAAAGGAAAAAACAGACCAAUAAAAGUCUAGAAUGAGUAGUAUCCAGUCACCAUCAACAUUAGUUUCUCCUCCUUUCAUUAUUUAGAUCGAACCCGAGUUCAUUCUAUCUAACUCAGUUCCACUUGCAUCUUCCAAACAAAACAAAAACGCAGCACCUCUUCAGUUCAAGUUUCAGAAUCUACUACACUCACAAAAAAUAUAAACAAAAAAAUAUAUACUAUUUAAUAAUUUAAAAAUAAGAAAAUAAAGUAUAUUGUUUUCUCUCGGGGAUGGAGAACUCGUACGACUCAGCAGCAGCAGCCAAGUGGUUUGAUUCAACAAGUCCAUAUAAUAUGGUCUCAUGGUCAUUACAACCUGGUUCCUCAGAUUCUGAUCUUAGCCGCUUUAACCUUGGUUCCUCUGAUGAAUUAGUCGGUGGGAAAGACAGGGCUGAGUCGGUUUCAAGAAGCCACAGUCUAGCGGAGAAGAGACGCCGUGACCGUAUUAAUUCUCACCUCUCCGCGCUCCGGAAACUCGUCCCUGAUUCCGACAAGUUAGACAAAGCAGCACUCUUAGCAAGAGUGAUUGAACAAGUGAAGGAACUCAAACAAGAAGCAAAAGAGUCUCCAAUCUUCCAAGAUCUUCCCACAGAAGCAGACGAAGUAACCGUCCUGCCUGAAACCAUCUCCAAUGAAUUAAACCAAGACACAACCAUCUUCAAAGCUUCUUUCUGCUGUCCAGAUCAAACCGAAGCAAUCUCAGAGAUCGUUAGCGUUCUCACAAAGUUUAAACUCGAGACAAUACAAGCUGAGUUCAUCUGUGUUGGAGGAAGAAUAAGAAUCAACUUCAUCGUAAAAGAGACAGCAACUACUACAUCAGCGAAAGCUCUAAAGCAAUCUCUAUGCGCAGCGUUGAACCGAAUCACAUCUUUGACUUCCUCUUCUACUUCAUCGGUUUGUAGGAUCAGAAGCAAAAGGCAGAGAUGGUUCCUCUCUUCUAACUACUCACAAUGAUAUCUUUUUUUUGUCAAGAUAGUAAAAUACAAACCCAUUUGUUUUGUUAGCAAUUUAAAGUUAUAAGGAUUGUAAUUAAGCUGGUGAAAAUGUGAUUAGAUAGAUAAAGGUUUAACAUUAAUGAAGGAUCCAUACAAAUCCUACAAGAAGGAAGCCAAGAAAACAUAAAACUGAAACAAGAUCAAACAAAAGUACUUGGAGAAGUAACAGAAACAAGGAA